AUGUUAGUUGAAAACUUCAAGUCUGUUGACAUUCUUGGCAUCUUGCAGGGCCCGCCCACGUCCAUAGUGGUGGUGGAGACGGUGGAAGCUGGUCCCCCAGUUGGCGGUCGAGGCUGCUGCAGCCCAGUUUCAGAGGCGGCGUCUGCAGGGGCGGGGGCGGCGGCGCCGCGCUGGUGGCUGGCCGUGGCCGCCGCGCUGCUGGCGGCGCCGGCGCCGGCGCUCGCCGUCGUGCGUCCCGACGCCUCGGAGGCGUCGCAGGCGCCGGAGCGCAGCCCCGCGGACGAGUGCCAGCUGACGCCCGUCAUCCACGUGCUGCAGUACCCCGGCUGCGUGCCCAAGCCCAUCCCCAGCUUCGCCUGCACCGGCCGCUGCUCCAGCUACUUGCAGGUGUCGGGGUCCAAGAUCUGGCAGAUGGAGCGGUCGUGCAUGUGCUGCCAGGAGAGCGGCGAGCGCGAGGCCGGCGUCUCGCUCUUCUGCCCCAAGGCCAAGCCCGGCGAGCGCAAGUUCCGCAAGGUGUCGACGAAGGCGCCGCUGGAGUGCAUGUGCCGGCCGUGCACCGGCGUCGAGGAGUCGGCCGUCAUCCCGCAGGAGAUGGCCGGCUACCCGGACGACGGGCCGCUCGCCGCGCACUUCCGCAAGUCGCAGUAGGGCGCACUCCGCCCCCUCUGUACCGCCGACUUUCCUAAUAA